UCUGACGUCUCCUCUCCGCCGACCUGUCCCUUUGCUUCGCGACGAGGGAAGAAAGCAGAUAAAAAGCGGAGGAAAGGUGAACUUUGGGGGGAGAGGAUCGGAAAGUGGUGUUGGCGAACGGAGGACAAGACAGAAGAGUACAGUGAAGGCUAAGAUGGAGUUUUUGCCCGGUUGGUCUGCAGCUACCUGGACCCUGCUAGUCCUCUUCUUCACUCUUUUUAUUAUAUAUGGCUUGUGGCCAUUCCGGUUCUUUAAAAAAUUGGGCAUUCCUGGACCUCAGCCUUUACCCUUUAUUGGAACAUUUCAUCACUAUAGAAAGGGCUUCUUCAAAUUUGAUGCCGAGUGUUUUCAGAAAUACGGAAAGUUCUGGGGAAUUUUUGAUGGAAGGCAACCUGUUUUAGGAAUCAUGGAUACUUCAAUGAUAAAAACUAUUCUAGUGAAAGAAUGUUACUCAGUUUUCACAAAUAGACGGAAUUUUGGAUUGAACGGUCCCUUGUACGAUGCUGUUUCAAUUGCUGAAGAUGACAUCUGGAAACGAAUCCGCCAUGUGUUGUCACCAACAUUCACCAGUGGGAGACUCAAAGAGAUUUUUCCAAUCGUGAAACACUACGCAGAUAAUCUUCAACAGAAUGCUCAGAAGAUCUCAAACACCAAGGAACCUGCCCUGAUGAAGGACCUGUUUGGAUCAUACAGUUUGGAUGUUGUAGGAAGCUGCUCCUUCAGUGUUGACAUCGACUCUAUCAACAAUCCUAAAGACCCUUUUGUGGCCAAUCUGAAGAAAAUGGUUAAAUUUAGUUUUUUUAAUCCAUUGUUUUUACUUUGUGCUUUCUUCCCUUUCCUAAUUCCACUAUUUGUGAAAAUGAACCUGUGCUUCUUUCCUUCCGCGGUGAUGGAGUACUUUUAUGACUAUCUUCGCAGGAUCAAGGCAGAAAGGACAAAAAAUGUGCAUGAUAAUCGAGUAGAUUUCCUGCAGUUGAUGGUCGACUCUCAAAUGAAUGAUGAAUCUGAAUCUGAAAAAGGUCUGACAGAUCAUGAAAUUCUCUCACAGUCAAUGAUAUUCAUGUUUGCUGGCUACGAAACGACAAGCACGACCCUCUCUUUCAUGUCACUGAACCUGGCUACCCAUCCUGAUGUAAUGAAAAAAGUCCAGGAGGAGAUUGAUAAAUUCCUUCCAAACAAGGCUCCCCUGACAUACGACGCUCUCAUGGAAAUGGAGUACCUGGACAUGAUGGUCAAUGAAUCUCUGAGGCUUCAUCCACCAGGAUCACGAAUUGAGAGAGUCUGUAAGAAAACCAUAGAGCUGAAUGGGGUAACUAUUCCCAGAGGAACAGUGUGCAUAAUUCCUGCCUUUAUUUUACAUCGAGACCCAGAACACUUUCCAGAUCCUGAAGCUUUCAAGCCUGAGAGAUUUAGCAAAGAGAUGAAGGAAAGUAUGGACCCCUACGCAUUCCUGCCUUUUGGAUCUGGACCCCGAAAUUGCAUUGGGAUGAGGUUUGCCCUCCUCAUCAUGAAAGCUGCCAUAGUUCAGCUGCUUCAGAAUUUCGACUUUGUUCCCACAGAGGAUAUGCAGUACCCUGCUGAACUCAGCAUCAGUGGAUUCCUCCAGCCGGUGAAACCCAUCACUCUGAAGCUUGUACCCCGGGCAAUGACGAGUAGUGAAGAAUAACUGAUGGAAGAAGAAAAAUGAGCUAGUAGUGUGUUUUGAUACAUUAACUAUGUUAUUGAUGG